CCCACACAUUCGCGACAGAUUCAGACUUGCUCAAUGCUCAGAUCUACAGAAAAUGUAAGAUGCAGCAAGCGCCUGACCUAUUAAUGACGACCGAACCAAGCGAUCCCGGGCAGUCCUCCCUACUUGUGCGGAACGUACCGUUAGAUGAACUACCAGUCGGGAAGGACAUCACGGAUUUCUUCGUUCGAUUCGGUGCAAAAGACGUUCGGGUCUUAAGAGGAGGGAAAAUGCGCAACUGUGCAUUUGUUCGCUUCCCUUCGUCCGCUGAAGCUUCUGCCGCCUCGAGCAGGUUGCGAAGAAUAUCGCUCUUUGGUCGGAAGCUCAAAGUGGAAUAUGCACAAGCAUUGGAUGGAUCGGCUCAGGAGGAAGCCAAGUGUGCAUCAUCAAACACUGCUCCAGCACCGGUGACCAUCGCACCACAGCUCGGGAUUAACUGGUCUUCUUCCCCCAAUCUGGUUUAUCGCUACCCAUCUCCUACUCCCGACAUCCUCAGGAACAUCAUGCGUUCCAUUGCUGCAGUGCCUAAACUUUAUACGCAAGUUCUGCAUUUGAUGAAUAAAAUGAACUUACCACCGCCGUUUGAACACGUGGCUAAAGAGUCUUCCAAGAAACUUGGACAUUCGCAGCAAUACCUGCGUGUAAGUACGAUACAAGGCAAGAAGCGACCUCGUGAUGAGCUUCUAGCAAGCGAUGAAUCUGAACUAGAUUCUGAAGAGGACGUCAGACCGAUCAAAAUCAAAAGAUCAGCUAUGGAAGGUCCUGCUCUCCAGCAGCAUAUGAAGCACGCUCCUUCCAUGGAACUGGUCACACCUACACCGCCAAUACUCCCAGUAGCGCACCGGGUCCCCUUCCAAAGCUCCGUCACAGUUGGAGCAAGUGCUCAUCAAUGGAACUUCUCCGUUCAGCCUCUCCCACCAGGAAUGACGCGUUCCGCACUACCUGUGCCGUUACUGGCCAAUUCCGGUCCGAAAAUUUACAGUCCCCGUCGACCUGUCCCCCCACCUCUCCUGAAUUCGCCCCCCGGCCCACCGCUCACCUUCAAUCGACACCCGGUAACAAUGUCGUCCGCGAUGGUACUUCGUCCCCCUUCCCACCGAAGCCCCCCAGUUACCGAAUCCGCCAACAGAGAGAGUGUCCCUGCAUCAAAAGGGAACGAAAUGCCUACGGUGCACCAAGAUGUUAUCUCCUUGGUGGAGCUGCAAACGCAUCGCCUGUCCAUUACGGAUCUUAUGAAGAUCCCAUCUUUUUCCAAGUAUACACGUGGUGAUCCCUCACCUGUACUUUACGUUAAAAAUCUUAACCACAAGAAAGUGUCGGAAGCGGAUUUGCGACGAAUAUUUGGUCGAUUUCAUACGUCGCAAGAUAUUGAAAGUCUGGACAUCAAGCUUAUGAAAGAGGGAAGAAUGAAGGGGCAGGCUUUCGUCCGCUAUACCAGUACCGACGCUGCGACUGAAGCCUUAGACAGCAUACAUGGCUUCGUUUUGCACGACAAACCGAUGGUCAUUCAAUACGGGCGGUCCGGAAUAACUGAACACCACAGUCGAUGACUUGCCGUCGUUUAGAAUGUACAUACGAGUCAGCUCGGCUCAAAAGUUAAAUUAUUUAUGUUUUGCGAUGUCCAUGUAAACAACGUGUCAAUACCCGACGACGCAUCUCGCCGCCUUGGCCAGAUCUCUCCAUACACAUAUCUGGCUGAACC